CUGAGGCUGCGACAGACCUGGCCCAGCCCUCUGGGAACCCAGGAUGGGGACCUCGGCUGGGGCCCUGUCCUCCCUCCUGCUGGGAAUGAUGCUCACAUACACCCCCGGGGCCCUGGGUGCCAACCCUGGCCUGGUCGCCAGGAUCACCGACAAGGGCUUGGAGUAUGUGGCCCAAGAGGAGCUGGUGGCUCUGCAGAGUAAACUGCAUGAUAUCACACUGCCCGACUUCAGUGGGGACGUCAAGAUCAAAUACAUCGGCAAUGCGCACUAUGAAUUCCACAGCCUGGACAUCCACAGCUGUGAGCUGCUCGGCUCUGCUCUGAAGCCCCUCCCCAGCCACGGCCUGCAUUUCUCCAUCUCCGACUCCUUCAUCAGAGUCAAGGGCAAGUGGAAGGUGCGCAAGCGGAUACUGAAACUAGACGGCUCCUUUGACGUGAAGGUCAAGGGCAUCACCAUUUCAGUCAACCUCCUCUUGGGCAGCGAGCCCUCUGGGAGACCCAAGGUCGCUGUUUCUAGCUGCAGCAGCGCCAUCCGUGAUGUGGAGGUGCACAUGUCGGGAGAUUUGGGGUGGUUGCUGAAUCUCUUCCACCAUCAGAUCGAGUCCAAGUUCCGAAGAGUAUUGGAGAGCAAGAUAUGCAAAAUAAUCCAGGACUCGGUGACCUCUGACCUACAGCCUUAUCUCCAAACUCUGCCAGUCACCAUGGAGAUGGACAUUUUCGCUGGGAUUGAUUACAGCUUAAUGGAGGCCCCUCAGGCAACAGCGGAAAUACUGGACGUGAUGUUUAAGGGGGAAAUUUUUAGCCGUGAUCACCGCUCCCCAGUUGCCUUCCUUGCUCCUGUCAUGAGCCUUCCUGAGGAACACAGCCGAAUGAUCUACUUUGCCAUCUCUAAUUAUGCCUUCAACACCGCCAGCCUAGUUUAUCACAAAGUGGGAUUCCUGAACUUUUCCAUCACAGAUGACAUGGUUCCGCCUACUUCUAACAUCCGACUGACCACCAAGUCCUUCCGCGCCUUCUUCCCCCGGUUAGCCAGACUGUACCCCAACAUGAACUUAGAGCUCCAAGGCACAGUGGUCUCUGCCCCGUUCCUGAACUUCAGCCCUGGGAAUCUGUCCUCAGCUGCCCAGUUGGAGAUUGAGGCCUUUGUGCUCCUGCCCAACUCCAUCAAGGAGCCUGUCUUCCGGCUUGGUGUGGCCACUAAUGUGUCUGUCAUGUUGACCUUCAACACCAGCAAGAUCACUGGAUUCCUGAAGCCAGCAAAGAUGCAGGUGGAACUGAAAGAAUCUAAAGUUGGAGUAUUUAAUGUGGAGCUGUUGGAGGCGCUGCUUAAUUACUACCUUCUCAACACCCUCUACCCCAAGGUCAAUGAGAAGUUGACAGAAGGCUUCCCCCUCCCUCUGCUAAAGCGUAUUCAGCUCUAUGACCCUGUUCUCCAGAUCCACAAGACAUAUAAGUGUUUAAGAAGAAAUUUCCCUCUCAUAAUUUUUUUUUUUUUAAUUUUAUUUAGUUUUGCCUGCGUUGUGUCUCCAUUGCUGUGUGCGGGCUUUCUCUAGUUGCAGCGAGCGGGGGCUACUCUUUGUUCCAGUGCACGGGCUUCUCAUUGCGGUGGCUUCUCUUGUCGCAGAGCACCGGCUCUAGGCGCACGGGCCUCAGUAGCUGCGGCUCGAGGGCUCUAGAGCGUAGGCUCAGUAGUUGUGGCACAUGGGCUUAGUUGCUCUGUGGCAUGUGGGAUCUUCCAGACCAGGGAUCGAACCCAUGUCCCCUGCAUUGGCAGGCAGAUUCUUAUGCACUGGGCCACAAGGGAAGUCCCUCUCAUAAUGGUUUUAGCUGUAUCUCAUUGCUUUAGACACAUAGUGUUUUCAUCUUUGUUUUCCAAUCUUGUUUGAACUUACAGUUUUGACUUUCUUUUGUUCUCAAAUGGAGUUUUAAAUUUUGAGGAGGGGAUGCAACUAGAGAUUAUCAUACUAAGUGAAGUAAGUCAGAAAGAGAAAGACAAAAACUAUAUCAUAUCACCUAUAUGUGGAAUCUAAAAUAUGACACAAAUGAACUUAUCUAUGAAACAGAAACAGAAUCAUGGACAUAGAGAGCAGGCUGGUGGUUGCCAAGGGGAGGGGGUUGAGGGAGGGAUGGAGUGGGAGGUUAAGGUUAGCAGAUGUAAGCUUUUAUAUAGAGAAUGGAUAAACAACAAGGUCCUACUGUAUAGCACAGAGAACUAUAGUCAAUAUCCUAUGAUAAACCAUAAUGGAAAAGAAUAUUUUAAAAAAGAAUGUAUACAUGUGUAUAACUGAAUCAUUUUGUUGUAUAGCAGUAAUUAACACAACACUGUAAAUCAACUAUACUUCGAUUUUAAAAUAAGUAAAUAAAUUUUGAGGAGGGUUUUAAAAAAUAUUUUAUUUAU